CCUUUCGCUUUCCAAGCUGCCCUUGCUCUGCUCACUCCCCGGCUGGUCCCUUUCCCGCUCCUGUGCUUUGUUCUCAGACUUGAUCUUAACAACACAGUGUUCCUGUGUCCUUGGAUGCUUUCCUGCCCACCUGCUCUCCUGCAGUUCCACUUCCUCCAAAGCCACUCGCCUCCCCCCUCGACCCUUCUGCCUCUCGUCUCAGGGCCUGGACAUCAGGUAUAUCUGGGCCCAGCGAGUGCGUGUGGUUAUUGCAGAGACGCACAGCUAGUGACUGCAUCCGCAUAGCUGAGAACAACUGGAUCUUGUUCACACUCGGCCAGAGGAAGAUUCCUGGAUGAAUGGAUAAAGAAGAUGUGGCACAUAUACACAAUGGAAUAUUACUCAGCCAUGAAAAGAAACAAAAAGAAGAGGCAGAUACACUACGUGAAUAUCUGAAUGAGCUGAAAACAGACUUGGCCAUGGGCGAUCAAGACACAGUCAUAGAAGACCAGCUGGACAGGGAGAGAUUUUUGGAGGCGUAUCCUCGGAUGAAGGAGGAGCUGGAGGAGGGCAUAACAAAGCUCUAUGCUCUCGCAGAGAAGGCUGACAAGCUCCACAGGGACUGCACCAUCUCCCAUGUGGCAGCCCACUCUGCUGGAACUGUGUCUGGUGUCCUGACCAUCCUUGGUCUGUCUCUGGCACCCGUGACCAUGGGGGCCAGUCUGGCACUCUUAGCCACUGGGUUAGGGCUGGGAGCAGCGGCUGCUGUGACCGAUGUAUCCACCACCAUCGUGGAACGUGUAAGCACGUUGGCAUUAGAAACCGAAGCCAGUCGCUAUACGUCAACGGCCGACAGCAAAGAGGAGGUGUUUGAGGGGGUUGUAUCUAACAGCACAGCCCAGUUUACUUCCUCUGUAGAGAAAGUCUUCCAAGCCAUGCAAGGCAUUGAGAACAACGUCCGUGCUAUCAAGGUGGCCAAAGGCAACCCUGGUUUAGCAGCCAGUGCUAAGCGCUUCACGACCACUGGGCAAGUCUCAGCGAAACGUGGCAAACAGGUGCAGAAAGCCUUCGGAGGCACGGCUCUGGCAAUGACCCAAAAGGCCCGGAUUCAGGGUGUGGCCAGUGCAGGUCUCUCCCUUCUGAUGGAAGUGGCCUUCCUGGUGAAAGAGGCAAAGCACUUGCAUGAGGGGGCAAAGACGGAGCCGGCUGAAAGGCUGAGGCAGAAGGCUCGGGAGCUGGAGAAGAAGUUGGAGGAGCUCACCGACAUCUAUGAGCGUCUGCAGUAGGGCUGGACUCCACCCCCCCACCCCCCGAGCUGUGCAGGGACCAGGGACACGUGCAGGGCCAAGGUGCGGAGGCACCUUGUUAGAGGGAAAAAGAGAGUGAGAUAAAAAGAUAAAAGUGGGGAAGCGGGGCUGUUCUCUCUGACUCUUGUUUUGGUCUGUUGGCUGGACUAUGCUAUUUUCCUAGCGGAAGAGAAAUCCUUAAACCCUCUUGUAUUCAAACCCUGUAAUUUUCAUCCCUAAAUUCUCCCUCUUGGCUCGAGUUGAGUUACAAAACUUCAAGUACUCCUGUUCAAAAAUUAUUUCAAAAAAUCCCAGAAUAAAUGUCACCUUUUGUGUUCA